AUGGACGACCAGAAGACCCGAUCUAGUUUCUGGGGUACCUGGAACCCGAAGCGGUGGGGCAGUAUCUUUGCGAUUUACUACAACAAACCCAAGGAGACAAUGGAAAUGGUAGCGAGCGUCGCGCCCGCCGAGGACGCCGCUGCAGCGGAUGUGGAGCGCCAGAUUGAGGAGUCAGUGCUCCGCACCGCAGAGAUGUUUGCGCUUACGAAACGCAGCGCUGCCUCGGCCUUCGACUACGCGCCCAGCAAGAAGGUGCGUGUGCGGACCAAGCUGAACAACACAUACCUGCUGAACUUCCCGAAGGCGCUGCUGGAGCCGAAAACCACGGACACUGCGACUGUUGACGUAGCCCCCACAGCUACAGAGGUGGCAACUCUAGCAGCUCCGGGCCCUGCUCCUGCUCCGGCGGAUGUGGUGGUGGGCGGCCAUCAGGUGCCCUCAGCUCCUGGAGUUUCAAUUGCAGAAGAGGACUCGACAGCGGAGAAGCCGUCGUUCGUGGACCAGGUGGCGAAAGAGGCCGAGGAGGAGCUGGCGCUCAAGAAGCGGAAGAUUGCGGCGGCGAAUGUCAACGGAGAUGCCUCCUCGGCGGUCGUAGAGUACAAGAAGCAGGCAGAGACGGCAGCUCAGUUCGGCACGAGCGCCAUCGUGCGUCGCCGCGCGACGGAGGUGCCCAAGCCCAAGUGGCACGCGCCGUGGAAGCUGAAGCGCGUGAUCGCUGGACACCUCGGCUGGGUGCGCUCAAUUUCUGUGGACCCGACCAACGAUUGGUUCGUCACGGGCUCGGCCGACCGCACAAUCAAGGUUUGGGACUUGGCCUCAGGGCAGCUGAAGCUUACGCUGACGGGCCACAUCAACGCCAUUCGCGGCUUGGAGGUGAGCCCGCGCCACCCGUAUCUCUUCUCUGCCGGCGAAGACAAGAAGGUGCUGUGCUGGGACCUUGAGUACAACAAGGUGAUUCGGAGUUACCACGGCCAUUUGUCCGGCGUAUUCUCGCUGAAGGUGCAUCCGACGCUGGACAUUCUUGUCACUGGCGGUCGUGAUGCCGUCGCCCGAGUAUGGGAUAUGCGGACCAAGAACCAAAUCCACGUGCUUUCUGGCCACCAGGGUACAGUGUGGGCCAUGGAGACGCAAGCGACGGACCCGCAGAUUAUCACGGGCUCUAGUGAUAGCACAGUCAAGCUGUGGGAUCUCGCCGCUGGUAAGGUGAUGACAACGCUGACAAACCACAAGAAGGCUAUCCGUGCCGUCACCAAGUCUCCAAUGGACCACACGUUCAUGACGGGUGCCGCUGACAACAUGAAGAAGUGGGAGGCGAAGGAAGGCCGCUUCCUGCGCAACUUCUCGACGCACAACGCUAUCAUCAACUCGAUUUCGAUCAACCAGGACGGCGUCAUGGCCUCGUGCGGCGACAACGGGUCCAUGAACUUUUGGGACUACCAGACGGGCUACUGCUUCCAGAGCGACUCGACCAAGGCGCAGCCCGGUUCGCUGGACAGCGAGACGGGCAUCUUCGCGUCCACCUUCGACAAGACUGGCCUGCGGUUCAUCACGUGCGAGGCGGACAAGACCAUCAAGGUGUGGCAGGAGGACAGCUCCGCGUCGGAGGAGUCGCACCCGAUCGACAUGGCUCAGUGGACCAAGGACUUCACGGCCCCAAAGAGAUACUAA